AUGAUAAUAAUAAAAAUAAUAUGGCUUGUAAUUAAAAAUGGGGAUGGAUAUUUGCCGGAGUCUCAGUCCUCGUCGGACAACGAGGAAAUUUACCCGCAAAAUCUUCUUGGUGUCGCGUACAAAACUUCGGUUAAUAAUUCUAAAGAAGUUAGAGACGACGACGGGAAAUAUGUUUGCACUAAAUGCGGAAAAUCAUACAUCGCCUCAACCUCUCUGAGGCGGCACCAGCGGCUCGAGUGCGGAGUUGACCCCGCUCAGAAGUGUCACAUUUGUAACAGGCGCUUCAGACACAAAUUUGUUCUCACCGCUCAUAUUAACAAUUGCGAGAGAAAAGUACUCGGGAUCGAAAAAUAUUUAGAAGACUUUGGAAGAACUUGGCGCAAAACUUCUAAAAAAGUCUACCAAUCUUUAGGACUUCCCGGAUUCAGAGCUGUUGAUAGUCGCCCGACUUUGGUCUGUCACAGAUGUCAUCUUCUUUUCUCAACUUUGAAAAUAGAGCGCGUAUGGAGCUGGUGCGUAAAAAGCGAAGUUUCGAGCAACCCAGAAGAAGAAAACUCGACAAACCCCGACUUGGAGUCCGCAGAGCCGCAAAAAGCUCCCCCACGGGUCAACAAACCCAACACUACAUUCGUCUGCGCUUCCUGUGGAAGAAAAUACGCGCGUAAAAGCUCCCUCAGGCGUCACAAGAAGAAAUGCGUUGUAGAGCCGACUCUUCAGUGCAUUAUUUGUGAAGAAAAGUUCUACAAGAAUUAUCAGCUUGAGCUUCACAUGAAACAAUGCCUUAAACGUAUACAAACGCGUACUGAUAGUGUUGUUGGUUGCAGAGAUCCUGGAACAGUACGAGCAGCGGUUCCCGGAACGAGUGGAACCAGAGAUGAGCGCCAGAACGAGUGGAACAUAUGUGUCGGUAUCUGUGGACCAGUCGACGCAGUUGUACGUCUGCAGCGCCUGCGGGAAAGGGUACAAGUGGCUGGACAGCCUGAGGAGGCACCAGAGGGUCGAGUGUGGGAACAAAGAAAAACGAUUUUCUUGCAACGCCUGCUCCAGGAAAUUCAGAUACCGAUACGAGCUCACGAACCACAUAUCUGCUUAUCAUUAGCCGCUGAUAAUCGUCCAGAGAGUUUGCACUGA